GGAGGCGAGGCUGUCCUCAUCUGAUGUCACGUGAGGGCCAAUGAUUCCGCCCUCAUAGCGCAGCCCCGGCCAUGUUAUUUCCCUCUCAAGCUCCCUCCCUUCCUCUCUGUCGCGGUGUCCGCAAGUGCUGCGGGCCAGUUAUCGGCUCUCCGCUUUCUUGACAGGGAGAAAGUUGUCCUUCUAAGAUGCCCCUCUGUUUUUUCCAGUGGCAUGAUUAAAAGUCCCGUGAUCAGAAGGAGACGGCGGUUAUGUUGGGAAAUUGCUUCACUUCUGUACUUCUCAGUUGGCUCAUGACCAAGUUAUCCCUGGGGCAAAUAAGCCAAACUGAUUAAAAUCACUGGACUGUGAGGACGGUUCAACAACUUAUGUAUUUAAUUAUGAUUUACACUGAACAGUAAAGAUCUGGAGAUCAUAAAAGAUCUAUUCUUGAAACAAUGGCAACAAAAUCAUCGCUCCUUAAAGUAAUCCUUUUAGGAGAUGGAGGAGUUGGAAAGAGUUCAAUUAUGAACAGAUAUGUUACUAACAAAUUUGAUACCCAGUUAUUCCAUACAAUAGGUGUAGAAUUCUUAAAUAAAGAUCUGGAAGUGGAUGGACACUUCGUCACAAUGCAGAUAUGGGACACUGCAGGCCAGGAACGGUUUAGGAGCUUGAGGACUCCCUUCUAUCGAGGUUCUGACUGUUGCCUUCUCACUUUCAGUGUAGAUGAUUCUCAAAGCUUCCAAAAUCUGAGCAACUGGAAAAAAGAAUUCAUUUACUAUGCAGAUGUGAAGGAGCCUGAAACAUUUCCUUUUGUGAUACUGGGUAAUAAAGUUGAUAUAACUGAAAGACAAGUAUCUACAGAAGAAGCCGAGGUCUGGUGCAGAAACAAUGGAAACCAUCCUUACUUUGAAACAAGUGCAAAAGAUGCCACUAAUGUUGCAGCAGCUUUUGAGGAAGCUGUCCGAAGAGUUCUUGCUACUGAUGAUAGAUCAGAUCACUUGAUUCAAACAGAUACAAUAAAUCUUCACCGAAAGCCCAAACCUAGUUCAUCAUGCUGUUGACUAUUUAGCUUUAUCUCUUGGUUCAAUAUCAUUCUUAACUUGGAAUAAUAGAACAUAUGAUUCAUUGGAUGACACAUAAUAUAUUAAACUGUAAUAUUUUACUGCUUUAUGUGCUGGCCAGAAGAUUCUCUUCUAUGUGACCUAUUGCUAAAUAAAUGGUAUCUGACAUUUGGGGAAGGUAUUAACUCAAGAAUUCAUUUAAUUUAAAUGUUGUUUGAAUAAUAAAUUAUAUACUAAAACUUGAAAGUUCUAGAAGCACUACUUGGGGACUCAGUUGAGGAAUAGAAAUUUUAUAUCUAUGUGUAUAUUUUGAGGUCACUAAUUCAUGGUUUACUUCACUAAACCUUUUACAUAAAGCAAUAUUAGUAGAUAGUACAUUCUUAUUCACGAUUGCAUCUUUAAUCUAUUUUUUUUAAAUCUGAUUUAAUAUAAACAUUUUAAGGGCUUUUGCUAUUUGCCUAGUGUCACUGAGCUGCCUGUAGAUUUUAAGUUAGAUAAUAAAUCUGCAUAUAUGGA